CCGCGGCAGCCUGCGCGCGUCGGCGCCGGUCCGGCGGUCUCCCACCCGCCGCCCUGCGGCGGCAGCGGCGCCAAGCGUUGCGAUCUGGGCUAUAGAAUUCCCAGCCCACUAUCUAGAUGGGCCGCGACCUGCCAAGCGGCGAGGAAAACAGGAGGAGGAAGACGCGGCAGUCGGCGGGGGGGGGGGGGGGGGGGGGGGGGGGGGGGGGGACGGACGGAAGAAACGGCCGGUCGCCGCCACCCGCGACCGCGACCGCGACCCGCGAGGAGGAGGGCGAGCCCGCCGAGGCGGAAGACGACGCCUCGAGAUCUCCUCCCCGCGGCUCGCGGGUCAGAAGCAGCAUCAAGUGUCGCAUUUCUAAAUUCAUUCAUCAUCCUCAUCCGCCUAAUCGCCUUUCCAUUCUCUCUCUCCGUCUCUCGAGUCUCGCUCCGUCGCUCGCACGCACCCGUCCUCGCUCCCUCCCCACACGACCUUCCAUUCCACCUCGCCGAAUGGCACAACGCGAAACCAGAAUCUCGCGACCCGAACCAACCACAACGACGUAGCGCCGCCCACCUAGAGGAUCGCAGCCCAUCGCGCGCUGCGGGGGAUUCCGCUCCAAUCCGAAUCCUACCCUCCCGCGGGACGCCGCGAGGUUGACUCUCGAAGGCGUCCAGAUCCGGCGUUCUCCCACCUCCUGCGACCGCCGCGCGGCAGAAAACAAUUCCGGGCGAGGCGGAGGCGGGGAGCGAUAAAUCGCCGCGCCCCACGCGUGGCGUCCCCUCACACCACAGGAAGCGUCUGAAAGAAUCAGAAACGCUUCAUGUGACUGAUCGGUUGGUAGCUCCGGCUCAUGAAGCUCCAGCGGCAAGUUUAGCGAGCCCUUCGUGUGACUGCUUCAAGCCACUUGUUGAUUAGCGAGAUACUGGACUUGUCACGUUGUGGUAGUUGAGAGGGAUCUGUCCAACUCCCACAGCUGCGAGGAAAGCUUCCUGAGAUGUCUAAUCUCUCAGACCUUUCAAAAGAAGAUGCUUCACCAGAGGGUUCAGGUACUAUACAGAAAACUGGAGCCUUGAGUAACACAUUGAACACUCUUCUGCAGCAAGCCUCAGUCUAUGGUGUUGCUGCUGGAUAUUGUCUAUCAGCAUCUCUGCUUUCCAUCAUCAACAAAUGGGCAGUCAUGAAAUUUCCGUAUCCUGGAGCCCUGACAGCUCUGCAGUACUUCACUAGUGUUGCUGGAGUUCUCCUCUGUGGACAGCUAAAGCUCAUUGAGCAUGAUGGCCUCAAUUUGAGGACUAUGUGGAAGUUCUUACCUGCUGCUGUGAUGUUCUAUAUUUCCAUCUUCACAAACAGUGAACUCCUGCUGCAUGCCAAUGUGGACACUUUCAUCGUGUUCCGCUCUGCCGUGCCGAUAUUUGUUGCCAUCGGAGAGACGCUGUAUCUUCAUCAGCCAUGGCCAUCACUGAAGACAUGGCUUUCACUUUCCACUAUACUUGGCGGAAGUGUAAUCUAUGUUUUCACCGACAACCAGUUCACUGUGACCGCUUACACCUGGGCGGUAGCCUACCUAGCGAGCAUGUCCAUUGAUUUUGUGUACAUCAAGCAUGUUGUCAUGACCAUUGGGCUGAACACAUGGGGCCUUGUGCUAUACAACAACCUUGAGGCUUUGAUGCUGUUCCCCCUUGAGCUCCUUAUAAUGGGAGAGUUUGAUCAGAUGAAGGUUGACAGCUCCAAAGUGUCAAAUUGGCUUUCAUUUGACGUGGUCCUCCCUGUUGCUCUCUCAUGCCUAUUUGGGCUGUCGAUAUCCUUCUUCGGGUUCUCCUGCAGACGGGCUAUCUCUGCUACUGGGUUCACAGUACUUGGCAUAGUGAACAAACUCCUGACCGUGGUGAUUAAUCUGCUUAUCUGGGACAAGCAUGCCUCCUUUGUGGGUACCAUUGGGCUCCUGAUAUGCAUGUCAGGUGGAGUACUCUACCAGCAAUCCACCACAAAACCGAAAGCACCAAAGGUUGAACCGAAGGAAGAGAAUGAUGAGGAGCAGCAGAAAUUGCUGCAGAUGCAGGGAGGGCAAGAUACCAACUCAACUCAAAAGUAAAGCUCUUCAUAAACCUGAAGAUAAGUUCACCAUUGAUGCGGUACCUCCUUUGCAACAGCCUCACCUGAACACUUGGGUACCAGUUAAUACUUGGAAACAAACAUAUGGAUGGAUGGUAGUCCUGGACUAGGCGCUGCAAAAUCUCGAAAUGUUUUAGAUAUUAGAAGCUAUGGAGGGGAUCGAACUAUCAUCAUGCAAUUCUUUGUUACUGUAUUGCCGUUUCAUUUGUAACACAAGAUGUUAAGAUUGUUAUGGUAGGGUACCUAGGACUUGUCAAAUAUACCUAUCCGCAUUGAACACGUCGUAUAUGAAAGCAUCUAUCUCAUACAUUUUGUUGGUGA